AUGGCAAAGAAAUUUAAGUGGCCAGUGCUGGCUGCAGACAGGCAGAAGCUUCUGCCAAAGGAGAGUCUAUCAAGCAGCAAGGUUGCUGAGCUCAGCAUUGGUGAUCUCAAAGUGACCGUCAAUGGAGACAAGUUCUGGGCCGUUUGGAUUACUGUUCUGCAGCGGAUAUUGCAGCCCACUUGCGAGGCGGUAUAUGGUGCGCACUUGCAGCUGCCGUUUGAAAGCCUGGGGCUGGAUAAUUUAGAACUGGCAGGCAGGGCGAGGAAACGAAACAUUGCCCAGAACCACCUUCAAGUGAGAGGAAGGAGGGUAGACGUCAAGGCAGACAGGAUUCUUGGUGCAGCGACACGGACCAUUUCAGUUCGCGAAGUGUUGAUGUCCUGCACUGUCCAUUCCAACUGUCGCGCUGCAUCGACCAAGUACUUGCUGGAAGGGCCAGAGCUGGUCGAGAAGAGGGUCGGUUGGGACCGCUUCUGGGCAGUGAAACGGAUGCCUUCUGAUGCUGCUGAUGAUCGGCCCAGUGCUCUGGCAACCGUCCGAGACAUGAGGAACCGAGGCGUCUCUGUGGACAGCCUGGCGCUGAAUGUCGCGCUCUCCACGGGGGUGGCCGCCGACAAGGUGGACGAAGUCCUCGACCUUCUGACUGAGGCCGAGAAGCUGAAGCCUGCGGUUGCAGAUGUCGUUUCCUACAACACCCUCAUCAAGGCUUUCACUCAGCGGGCCAACUAUGAUGCAGCAUGCGAGGUGCUGGAGAGAAUGAAGGCACACAGGAUCUUCCCCAAUGCGAUCAGCUUCAACACUAUAAUGGAUGCAGCUGUGCGAGCCGGGCGUCCCGAAGAAGCUUGGACGCGGCAGCAGGAGAUGAGGGAGCAUGGCUACAAGCCCGACAAGUUCACUUGUUCUAUCCUGGUGAAGGCCUUUUGCAAGGCUGGUGUCUCCACCAAGGAGGAGACUGUGGGAAGGGCCAUUGCAUUGCUGGAUGAAGCCAACGACUGUCUGGACGCCAACUUGAAAGCCACACUGUACAAUAAUGUUCUCGAGGCUGCCACCAAGGCCGACAUGAGCGCCUCCGUGCUGAAGGUCAUGCAGCAGAUGCGAGCCCGACGAGUGAGCGCGGCACCGGCCCAUCAGAAAUCCAUUGCGAGCGCCUUGCUGGAUGAGAGCGGGCAGUGA